AUGAAAGUCGAUACAAUGGCUGCCACCCACCCCGGGACAUCGAGCGCAUCGAGCGCAUCGAGCACAUCGAGCGCAUUAAGCACAGCCUCGCCCAGAACUCUCGUUGACUCACUAUCCGCCGCAUUGUCGCGCCGGGAAGCCAAAUCUGCCCGUCGGAGGCUGACCGUUUUACCCCGGACAGCUGUGGAUUUCUCCUCCAAUGACUUUCUGUCACUAUCAACGUCCUCUGCAUACCGAGAACGUUUUCUGGCACUUUUAAAUAACACACCACCAUCAUUCCCCCUUGCCAGCGGAGGUUCUCGCCUAUUAGACGGGAAUUCGGCUUGCGCGGAAGAGCUCGAGAACUUUGUCGCGACAUUCCAUCAAGCCCCGACGGCACUUCUAUUCAACUCCGGAUACGACGCCAAUGUCGGCGUAUUAUCCAGUAUUCCCCAGCCAGGCGACGUAAUUCUAUACGAUGAGCUGAUCCACGCCAGUGUCCAUGAGGGCAUGCGACUGUCGCGGGCCGGUCCUCGGAAGAUGUUUGCCCACAGUUCGCCAAUUGGUUUGAGAGAGGUUCUGCAGUCGCAGAUAGCCGCAGACCCAGCAAUCGCGGAAGGCACACGUAAUGUCUUCGUGAUCAUUGAGUCCAUCUACAGCAUGGACGGCGAUGUUGCUCCCAUCAAGGAGUUCAUCGCGAUUGUUGAUGAACUGCUACCUCAUGGUAAUGGAUAUUUCUAUGUCGACGAAGCGCAUGCGACUGGUGUAUUUGGACCGCGGGGUGCUGGGGUGGUUCAGGAACUCGGCGUCCAGGACCGCAUGUUCAUCCGAGUACAUACAUUCGGCAAGGCACUAGCGAGUCAUGGAGCCAUGGUUCUCUGUGGACCAGAGACAAGGGAUUACCUGAUCAACUACGCCCGGAGUCUAAUCUAUACCACCGCUCUAGGAUUCCCAUUCCUAGCAUCGAUUCGCGCAGCAUAUGAGCUCCUGUCAUCCGGUGAAACUGUAUCAUUACAACACCGGCUUCAAGAGUUGAUCCGCCAUCUCCGACAACAACUCGAUGGCCUCCAUACAUAUCAAUCAGUCAUGUUUGAAGUCGACCAUUUCCCCACAUCUCCUAUCAUAUCCCUUCGCACGUCGCAGCCACGGCAGCUGGCGAGUCUCUGCCAAGAAAACGGAUUCAUUGUUCGAGCGAUUAUGCCGCCGACUAUUCCCGAGGGAAAAGAACGGCCAUUUUUUGGCGCCACGGGCUGUGUCUGCGCAAUUGUCUUUACUUGCUUUGGUGCUGCAUACGGAACUGCUAAGGCUGGAACUGGCGUUUGCUCGACAGCUGUCUUGCGACCCGACUUAGUUGUAAAGAACAUAGUUCCGGUUGUGAUGGCUGGAAUUAUUGGCAUCUAUGGCUUAGUCGUUUCCGUUCUUGUUGCAAAUGAUCUGAAGCAAAAUCUUCCCUUGUACACAGGCUUGGUCCAACUUGGUGCGGGUCUCUCCGUCGGCCUAGCCGGCUUAGCAUCUGGUUUCGCUAUUGGUAUCGUUGGAGAUGCCGGAGUUCGCGGAACAGCUCAGCAGCCAAAACUAUAUGUCGGCAUGAUUCUAAUACUCAUCUUUGCUGAAGUUCUUGGCCUGUACGGUCUAAUUGUCGCCCUUCUCAUGAACUCGCGCGCGAGAGAUGCCAAGGAGUGUACAUGA